GAAUGACUUCCGUAAAUCACUGAGCUGUUUCCUGGGAUGCUAAUGUUAGCUUGAAGCUGGUGGCUGGUUGGACAGAGAGGUGUCAGGCAUGUAUGCCUCUGGGAAGUACAGCUCGCGGGGCCCAGCUCUGAUCCCGCGGAUGAAAACCAAGCAUCGCAUCUACUACAUCACCCUCUUCUCUGUGGUGCUGCUCGGAUUAAUUGCCACUGGGAUGUUUCAGUUCUGGCCCCACUCCAUUGAAUCCACAGCCGACUGGACGCUGGACAAACGCAGCGUCCACGACGCGCCUCUGGUCCGCCUCCCUUCCUCCAGUCCCAUCCCGGAGAGGGGGGACCUCAGCUGUCGCAUGCACACCUGUUUCGAUGUCUACAGGUGUGGCUACAACCCCAAGAAUAGAAUCAAGGUCUACAUUUACCCUCUGCAGCGGUUUGUGGAUGAAUUGGGGGUUCCCAUCAGCAACACUGGACUGUCACGAGAAUACAAUGACCUGCUUAGUGCCAUCUCUGAUAGUGAUUUCUACACUGAUGACGUGACCAGGGCCUGUCUCUUCAUCCCAUCAACUGAUGUGCUGAAUCAGAAUUCCCUGCGAAUCCGAGAGACUGCCCAGGCUCUGGCGAUGCUACCCAGAUGGGACAAAGGAAUGAACCACCUGCUUUUCAACAUGUUACCAGGAGGCCCCCCAGACUACAAUACUGCCCUGGAUGUGCCCAGAGACAGAGCGCUGCUUGCUGGAGGUGGGUUCUCGACCUGGACCUACAGACAAGGUUAUGAUGUCAGCAUCCCAGUUUACAGCCCACUGUCUGCAGAUGUCGAGCUGCCUGAGAGACAGCCUGGGCCACGGCGCUACUUUAUUCUAUCUUCUCAAACUGCUAUCCACCGAGAGUACCGGGCUGAACUGGAACGCUUGAAGGAAGAAAAUGGAGAAGCGUUGCUCCUCCUGGACAAAUGUAGCAACCUCUCCCAGGGUGCCGCCUCUGCACGAAAACGCUGCUACAAGGGACAGGCGUACGACUACCCACAGAUCCUACAGGAGUCUUCAUUCUGUGUGGUGUUGCGGGGGGCCCGUUUGGGUCAGGCUGCCCUCAGUGACGUGCUGCAGGCUGGCUGUGUCCCUGUCAUCCUCGCAGACUCCUACAUCCUACCAUUCUCUGAAGUACUUGACUGGAAAAGGGCAUCUGUGGUUAUUCCCGAGGAGAAGCUGUCGGAGAUGUACACCAUCCUCAAGAGUAUUCCUCACAGACAAGUUGAAGAAAUGCAGAGACAGGCCCGCUGGUUCUGGCAGGCCUACUUCAGCUCCAUGAAGGCUAUUGGCUUGACAACCCUCCAGAUCAUCAAUGACCGUAUCUACCCGUAUGCUGCACGUACUUAUGAGCAGUGGAACAAUCCACCUGUGGUGAAGUGGUCCAGUGUGAACAGUCCUCUGUUCCUGCCACUGAUCCCACCAAGGGCACCGGGGUUCACAGCUGUGGUGCUGACCUACGAUCGUGUUGAGAGUCUGUUCCGGGUCAUCACUGAAAUCUCCAAGGUACCUAGCUUGGCAAAGCUGCUGGUGGUUUGGAAUAACCAGAACAAGAGUCCUCCUGAGGAGUCUCUUUGGCCAAAGAUCGGCGUUCCUCUCAAAGUCGUGCGAACCAAAGAGAACAAGCUGAGUAACCGCUUCUUCCCCUACGACGAGAUCGAGACAGAAGCUGUGCUGGCUAUCGACGAUGACAUCAUAAUGCUGACAUCUGAUGAGCUGCAGUUUGGCUACGAGGUGUGGAGGGAGUUCCCAGACCGGCUGGUGGGUUACCCGGGCCGGCUGCACCUCUGGGACCAUGAAAUGGGAAAGUGGAAGUACGAGUCGGAGUGGACCAAUGAGGUUUCCAUGGUUCUAACUGGAGCGGCCUUCUAUCACAAGUACUUCAACUAUUUGUACACAUACAAGAUGCCAGGAGACAUCAAGAACUGGGUGGACGCUCACAUGAACUGCGAAGAUAUUGCCAUGAACUUCCUGGUGGCGAACAUCACAGGCAAAGCCCCCAUAAAGGUGACACCCAGGAAAAAGUUCAAGUGUCCUGAGUGCACUGCCAUUGAUGGACUGUCCCUGGACCAGACGCACAUGGUGGAGAGAUCCGAGUGCAUCAACAAGUUUGCCUCCGUGUUUGGAACGAUGCCUCUGAAGGUGGUGGAGCACCGCGCUGACCCAGUGCUCUACAAAGACGACUUCCCAGAGAAGCUCAAGAGCUUCCCCAACAUCGGCAGCCUCUGACUAGCCACUAACAGAUGCUUUGACCUGGUCACUGCCUCAACACUCUGAGAUCACCGUCACCAUCGUCAUCUGUUGAUAUCAAGACAUCAAUACUCAGAGUGAAGCGGUGCAUGUUCUUCUCUCCUCUCAGUUUAAUUACUUUAAUUACAUGAAAACCUAAAAUGCAGAACGGUGAAGGAGAGGAAUUUAAUAUCUGAAAUGACAGAGGACACUAAAGUCUGGGUUUGUUGAGAAGUGUGAUGAGAGUAAUUUGUCUAUUGACCUUUAAAGUAACAUUACACAACAGCACUACAUUUCAUGCUACAGAAACUGCUACUAGUAAUAUAUAUAUAUGUUUAUGCUUCUUUCUUUUUUUUGCUUCUUCUCAAACAUUGACAAAGACCAGAUUCGUUUAGCUUUACUGUAUAAAAGAAAAACCAACAAAUCUCUAAUAUACAUUGUAUAUUGUAAAUGAUUGAAUCACAUAUCUAUAUGUUGGCUUUAGCUAUUAGUCUUGUAAAUGUGCUAACACACAGAAUGGUGGCUAACGGAUGAUGUACACUUAUUGUUUCUGUUUGACAUGAUAAGGUUGGACUGACAAAGUUAACACCAUGAAUCUCUUGGAGAACUUUUUUUUUUUAAAUGAUGCUGAGCUACUGGGUCAUCUUGAAUUAUUUUAUACCGCCUGAGCAAACCUUUCCUCAUAUUUAUAUAAAUACAAGAAACGCAGUGGAGCGACUGAAGCCUCCACUAAGUCAUUUCAUGAGUUGUGUGUUUACGAGUACAACACACGAGUAGAAGUAGUUUUAUUGUCUCGCGUUCAUUUGACGACUUACUGUAAUGAGAAUAAUAGACAACUACCACAUCCACAUUUCUCAAACCAGAUAUGUAUAAACUGUUGAUGCAGUGCUUUGGUGUUUUUAUUUUGUUUGUCUGUUUUUUAAUUAUUAUUUUACCUGGUGUGCGUCUUUAUAUUUUUUGAUGUUUUCCUCUCUAGUUGUCCCAGCUCCAGUGUUCAGGCUGUAACAUUUAAGUCUCUUAAAAUGUUCACAUGGCCUUUUGUUUUCCUUUUUUAUUAUUUUCAUGAGGUCACCAAAAUUGUUUUAAAUUUUUUUGACUGAGUUUAUGUAUCCAAGUGUAUAUAUAACUUUGAUAAAUAAAGACCCCUCUAUGUCUA